AUGGAAGAUAUGCUUGCUAGAAUUCUAAAUAAGGUUGAGGGGUCAGACAAGGUAUUGAAGGAGAUGAAAGAUGAUUUUUCCUCCUUAAACCAAAUAGUCACUUCGCAUUCGAUGUCAAUCAAGAAACUAGAAGCUCAAAUGGGUCAGAUUUCAGCUCAUCUAAAUCCGAGCCCAAAAAGUGGCCUUCCAAGUGAUACCAUCUCAAAUCCUAAGAAAGACAACACACAAUAUAUGGCUAUUUUGACAUGCAGUGAAAAUAUUAUUGGUAUUGAAGUACCAAAUGAUGAGGUGGCGAAUUCAAGGAAAGGGAAGACCACAGUUUUUGAAAUGGUUUCUACAAAGCCACUCCUUAAAGUGAAGCGUCCUUUCCCUCAACGUUUGAAAAAGAAAGAUGAGGAUAUCAAGUUCCAAAAGUUUCUCUUAGCUUUCAAGACUCUUUCCAUUAACUUCCAAUUGAUUGAAUCAUUAUCGGAGAUGUCCAGGUAUGCCAUAUUUAUGAAGGAGUUAGUGAUGAAAAAGCAUAGUAUGGAUUUCGAAAUUAUUGAAGUGUCUCAUAGUUGUAGCACAAUUAUGUCAAGUAAUGUUGUGGUGAAGAUAGAUGAUCCUGGAGCAUUUACCAUUCCAUUUACUAUAGGAUUGUACCAAUUUGCCAACGCACUUUAUUUUCUAGGAGCUAGCAUAAAUCUGAUGCCCUAUGCCAUCUUCAAACAACUUAGUUUUGGUGAACCCAAGCCAACUACUAAGCGAUUUCUCAUCGCCGUUCGCUCUAUCAAAUGCCCUAUUGGCAUUCUCUAUGACAUCCUAGUAAAGGUUAAUAAAUUCAUAUUUCAAGCGGAUUUCGUUAUUCUUGAUUGUGAAAUUGAUGUAGAGCUGCCCAUUAUUCUUGGUAGGCCUUUCUUGGAUACUUGA